UACGCUAAAUAUAGUGGGGUCGGGCCGGAUGGCUCGCGGAAUUUGGGAAAUCUGCAACACGAGUGUAAGCGUCGCGUGAGCAGGACAGUGCCACCUGAUCGAUAUAGCCGGCAUUGACAGCGAGAGGUGUCUUUAUAUCAACGAUCGAUCAAUCUGCUCGAUAUUCACAUCCGCCGACGUCGUCGCAGGCUCGUCUGUUAGCGAUCGUAGCAAAAAUAGUGGUGUAGCUGUGUGUGGGAGCGUGACGGGUGGCGGUCGGCAUGUUCGCUGCGAUUGCGAUGCUGGAUCGGAAUCCUGGAUUUUUGGCACCGAAAAUAGUCGGGUGGGAGCGCGGCGAAACCGCGAGGGCGGGCGCGGCGCAGUGCGUGUCGCUCCGCCGUGUGAACAGCCCGCUCGUGAGGCCGUAACUGGCGUAUUUUUUGACCGGACCGUUAAAGACACAAAGCCGCCACCAUGGACGCGAUCAAGAAGAAGAUGCAGGCGAUGAAGCUGGAGAAGGACAAUGCCAUGGACAAGGCUGACACCUGCGAACAGCAGGCCAGGGACGCCAACCUCCGCGCCGAGAAGGUCAACGAGGAAGUCCGUGAGCUCCAGAAGAAGCUCGCCCAGGUGGAGGAGGACCUGAUCCUGAACAAGAACAAGUUGGAACAGGCCAACAAGGACUUGGAAGAGAAGGAGAAGACCCUCACCGCCACUGAGGCUGAGGUCGCUGCCCUCAACAGGAAGGUGCAGCAGAUUGAGGAGGACCUCGAGAAGUCCGAGGAGAGGUCAGGCACCGCCCAGCAGAAGCUGCUCGAAGCCCAGCAGUCUGCUGACGAGAACAACCGUAUGUGCAAAGUGUUGGAGAACAGGGCACAGCAGGACGAGGAGCGCAUGGACCAGCUCACCAACCAGCUGAAGGAAGCCCGUCUGCUCGCUGAGGACGCCGACGGCAAGUCCGACGAGGUAUCACGCAAGCUGGCCUUCGUUGAAGACGAGCUCGAAGUCGCUGAGGACCGUGUCAAGUCUGGAGACGCCAAGAUCUCAGAACUUGAGGAGGAAUUAAAGGUCGUAGGUAACUCCCUGAAAUCUCUGGAAGUAUCAGAAGAGAAGGCCAACCAGCGCGUCGAAGAGUUCAAGAAGCAGCUGAAGACCCUCACUAGCAAACUCAAGGAGGCCGAGGCCCGCGCCGAGUUCGCAGAGAAGACUGUCAAGAAACUGCAGAAGGAGGUUGACAGGCUCGAAGGUACGACUCUAACCACACACCAACAUACUCUAGUAACCAACGAGAUCGACUUAAAUCUAUCACUAAGAUACAAACUAAGAAACACUUGAAAGAUUCAACUAAACAAAUCUAAAUAUCAAGUAACGAAAUCUUCUAUAAUGAUAACUUGAUAACGAUUCUAACAAAAAGAGAAUACUAUGGCUUCUCUUGAUGCAAAAGCUUUUUAAUCAAAACUUUUCUAAUAAAAACUCAUUAUUUUUCUUUUAACGUUUAAGUCUAGAGGCGGGAUAAAGUUGGUUCGUUUCGUAAGUUGUUAUCAAAUGACUAAAUUUUACAGACGCAUUAUUCAACGAGAAGGAGAAAUACAAGGCGAUAUGCGAUGACUUGGACGGCACAUUCGCCGAGCUGACAGGAUACUAACCAGCCCUUACAGCACAUAGUUUAAGUCAAUACCGUCCGAAUCACAUCACCUUAAAGUCCAUUUUGAUACGCCACCUUGCAUCGUCUCGCCCCUGUACAAGUUCAUUGUUUAGCCCGACUGUAGAUCGCUGUCAGAACGAGUUCCAUACAUUUCAGUCUCUUAAACUGUUUCUUCUAACGCCUAACCUGCUCGCUGCCUGCAGGGUUGUCGACAUGUACAUGUAUAUUAUUAUAUGAUAUGUCCGCGACCCUGCAGGGGCGUCGUGUUGAGCCCUGCUUUGUCUGUUUGUGACUAACAUGUCUUUCGCUUUGCUGCUACCGUCGCGGACCAAUGCUUCCAAGGUAAUGUUGGUUCUUUCAUAAUCUCUUAAUUCUAUUUCUAUAUAAAAUUAUCUAUAAAGCUGUCGCUUGCGCCAUAAAUGUGUUAUAAAGAACUUCCUAAAGAAAGUAACAAAUCCUAAUUACAUACAAAAUAAAUCCUAAUCUUAUCUUCUUUAACUAUCUCUUCUUUCUUCCUUUUUUAACUGAUAUAUAUUUUAGAUUUAGGUUCCAUUUUCAGGAAACCUUCCCCUAUUAGUCUAGCAUUCCUAGAACCAGUAGGGGGCUUGAAGGGAACUUUUAUUUCUCUUUAUUGACAUUUUCAUACACACUUUAAGUCUAAGAAGACUUAAACCGGAUUUUAUUGUUAAGAACUUAAGGAACUUCUUAUUGUUAAGAAGUUUCAUAAUCAUUGGAGAUUGUUUGAACGACUUGAAAGUUCUCUAUAAAGCCCCGUGUUCAUGGACAAAUAAUUUAAGUUUUCUAACAUGGUUCUAUGUUAAACAGAUGAGCUUGGAAUCAACAAGGACAGAUACAAGAGCUUGGCCGACGAGAUGGACUCCACCUUCGCUGAGCUGGCCGGAUACUAGACACCCACUCCUUCCACACAUUCACACACACACAAACAACACACGUACACACACGCAGCUCGCUGCCACCGACACACACACACUUUACAAGAAAACAAAUACGUUUGUACACGUGAUGUAAUAUUUAUUAAUAUAUUAUGUAAAUUUAUUUACGAUUUUCAAUAAAAUUAAUUUAUAACAA